AACAAAAAAAAAGAAAGAUUAAAAAUGUUAACCUGAUCAAAAGAGAAAGAAAAAAAAAGAUAAUCCGUUUUACUAAUUCUAAAAAAAGCCAAAGGAUUUGAUAGGACAAUCAAAUUGACCACUAAUCUGUUUAGAAUUUCAUAAAUAUAUCUCAUCAUGGAUUAACUUUUAAAUGGAUUAAUUUAUCUUCUUCAAACUGUUUAAAUUUUCCUCUUAUAAGACGCGCUCUUUCCAGAGGGAGCUCCAGUUUAACUUGUUCCGUUUCCGUGAUCAGUCAUUUUGUUUUUAUUUUCAACAGAAGAUUUUUUUUCAACACAAUUAGUUAAUUGUUUUUUUCGGUUUAAUUAAUAACUUUAAUCAUCAUCUUUAAAUAUUUUUUGCUUCUUCUUAAUCAUCUCUACUCUCUACUCAUCAAGUAAUUCACAUUAUCAACUCUUCAAAAUGGCUGCUGACAAAAUUGAUAUGUCUCUGGAUGAUAUAAUUAAAAUGGACGGAAUCUCUGGUGUUAAAAGAGGACAAGGUGCUGGAGGUGCUGGUACUAGACGUGCUGGUAAUACAGGCUCUGGUGGUAGAGGUAAUUCUGGUACUGGUGGUGGUAACAGAAAUAAUAACAAUAAUAAUAAUAAUUCAAAUCGUGGUGCCAUGAGAAACAAGAUGAACCGUAAUUUUAAUCGAGCUGCUCCUUACUCAAGGGCCUCAAGGAUACCUGAUCAAUGGCAACAUGAUAUGUUUGAUGGACCCUCACGUGGAGGGGCAUCUGGAUCCAAUCAUUUGCUGGUCUCAAAUUUGGACUAUGGUGUUUCUGAUAAAGAUAUUCAAGAUUUAUUUGUUGAAUUUGGAUCACUUAAAAAAGCCGCUGUACACUAUGAUCGAUCUGGUCGAUCACUUGGUACCGCUGAUGUAAUUUUUGAAAAACGAGGCGAUGCCGCUGCAGCCAUGAAACAAUACAAUGGUGUCCUCCUUGAUGGACGACCCAUGAAAAUUACAAUUGUACCUUCAUCAGGUGAUAAUCAAAGACGAUCGGCACCCAUUUCUCCUGGUGCAGGUAACUUCAGAUCUCAAAAAUUCGGUAAUACCUCCAGAGGUGGUGGAACCGGAUCUAGACAAAAUCAACAACAACAACAACAACGUAAUCGUAAUCGUGGAAAUGGUGGUGGUAAUGGUACCGGUGGUAUGUCCAAUAAUCGUGGUCCAAGACGAAAUAAUCAAAACCGAAAGCCAGUCACUGCUGAAGAAUUGGACGCUGAUUUGGAUGCUUAUGUCAAUAAAUGAAAAUGUGACCUGAACGUUUUUUUUGGUUCUAAGCCUAACAUUAAACACUAUCCACAAUACUAUUUCAACAAACAAAAACUGUUAUCCUCAUCAACUUAAUUUUGUCAUCUAUUUCAUCAACUCUCUCUCUCUCUCUCUCACACCAAUUCAUCAACAAACCAAAUUCACCACACACAAAAAUCAUCAUUCAAUAAACAUCUCAACAUUCUAAUUAA